UAAACUAAAAUUUAUGUUAUGUUAUGAAAUCUUCAACAACAAUACAGAUGAUUGACGAUGGUGAAAUAGUUGGUGAUGGUAGUAAGUAUAUUUCUUUAAGGAUUUCUUGCAUAACAAUUUGCUGAAUACCUUUACCUAUGUAAUACGGUCAUUUCUAAACUAGGCCUGAGUGUUUUACAAUUUUGAAAUAAAAAGGACAUGACAUAGGAUUGAAGGAAUGGAUACCUUUUUUAGCUUGUUUGAUCCUAACGCUAAUGAUAAUAAUCCCCUCAGAAACGAUUUUAGUUUAAAUGAUAAAAGUGCACUGCCUCCGGAACCACAAGUGGGAAAUGUUGAAUAUAAAUUAAAAAUUGUCAACCCUACAAAGCAAAGAUUUGAACAUCUAGUGACACAGUUAAAAUGGAGACUCAGAGAAGGCAAUGGGGAAGCCAUAUACGAAAUUGGUGUAGAAGAUAGUGGAAUCUUAACAGGUCUUUCAAAACGAGAUAUGACGGCUAGUUUACAAGCAUUAAAACAAAUGGCAUUGAAACUAGGCGCGACAACUUCUCUCUUAAGAGAAAAAAUUCUUGACAAUAAUCGUAGUGUUGCUGAGGUGCUUGUUCGGAAGAUUCCCGAUGAUCAAAAUAAUAUUGAAAUAAGGGUAGCAGUAUUGGGCAAUGCUGAUGCCGGUAAAAGUACUCUCCUUGGAGUUCUCACUCAAGGUAGUUUGGAUAAUGGCCGAGGGCGAGCUAGAUUGAAUAUGUUCAGACAUUUACACGAAAUUCAGAGUGGAAGAACUUCCUCAAUUUCUCAUGAAAUUUUGGGAUUUAACUCUCAAGGGCAACCUAUUAACUACAGCUCAAGUGAACUUAUAACAGCUGAAGAAAUUUGUGAUAGUUCAACAAAACUUGUAACCUUUAUGGAUUUGGCUGGACAUAAGAAAUAUCUCAGAACUACUAUACAAGGACUUUCUGGUUAUUCACCACACCAUGCUAUGUUAGUGAUUUCUAGCACGGCAGGCGCCGUAGGAAUGGCUCAUGAACACCUGGCCAUUGCAAUAGCUUUAAAUGUCCCAUUCUUCAUAGUCAUCACAAAAAUUGAUCUAGUUGAUCCCAAACAUACUGCGCAAAAUCUUGAAUCUUUCUUAAAGCAAGUUGGAAGCCGGAGGGUACCGCUAGUUAUUAGUUCAGUUGAUGAUGUCAUAACUGCAGGUGCCAACCAACUCUGUGAAAAUGUGGUGCCAAUAUUUUGCGUUUCAAGUGUUACUGGAGAAGGCUUAGAGCUACUUACAAAGUUUUUAUAUGUUUUGCCUCCAGGCUGCAGUACAAAAGAAAAAGAAAGAUUAGAACAAGAAUCGCCAGAAUUUCAUAUCGAUGAACAUUUUCGGGCUGGAGUAGUAGAACAGGUUUUGGGAGGUUUACUUGUAAGAGGAGCACUAACAGAAGGCACGUUAAUGAAAAUUGGACCGAUGAAGGAUGGGUCUUUUAAUGACGUUACGGUAAAAUCAAUUCAUAGAAAUAGGGUUCCAUGUAGGGUAGUCAGAGCCGGACAAAGCGCUGCAAUAUGCCUAAAUGAAUAUAUUCCACAAUUACGAAAUGGGCUUGUUUUAAUGGGACGAGAGGAAAAUCCUAGAGGAUGCAUGUAUUUUCAGGCAAAUUUAUCAGUACUGUUUCAUUCUACUGCUAUAAAUCCAGGAUUCCAAACAACAGUUCAUAUAGGAAAUAUACGACAGACUGCCGUGGUGAUUGCAAUCUUUGCUAAUAAAUGUAUACAUACUAAUGAGAGGGAUUCAGUAUUAUUUAAAUUUAUGAAUCACCCUGAAUAUGUUACUGUAGGGCAGCGGCUGUUGUUAAGGGAUGGAACAGGAAAAGGUAUCGGAGAAAUUACGCAAGUUUUUCCACUUUAAAAUAUUUUCACACUAAUACCUAUAUACAUUAUCUUCUACACGUUCACGGAUAUUCCCAUAUCACACAGCCCAGAUCCAGAGGUUCACGGUUCAGAACACAGCGUGGCACCACCUUAACUUGUAUAUUUUGAAUUUACUAAGAAUUUGUUAAAAUAUUUUACAAUUUAAAGAAUAAUAUGAAGGAAAAGAGUUUGUAGAGUGGAUUAUAACAAAACAGUUGUCCGAGUGCUUUUCACUACCAGUGUGGAAGGCAAUGGCCAAAACUUCUAUUUCUGUUCAUAUUUUAUAAUAUGUUUAAAGUACACGUCUGUCGUAUUCGUGGUGUGUUAGAAAGUUAUUUAUUUCUGAGUUUUAGUUCUAUUUAUAAUAAUUUUACAAUUACACACCCUAAAAAAAGUGAAGCACACAUAUAUUCUUAAUUUUUCCACAAAGAAAAUAAAUUCAAAACGACAGAUGUCAGAGCGCACAUUAUCAAUAACAUAUAUAUUUCGAUGUCUGUGAACGUGUUCAAAGCAGACUUUUUCAGUUUACAUAAAUAAUUGUACAGGGUGGUCGAAUUGAAAGAAUACUAAACAAUAUCAUUUCCGUUAAAAACUGGUUCCUCUCCUGUUGAUUAAAAAUAAUUUUAAGGCAGUUUUACAGCACGUAAGUUAUCUUUAAUUACACGUGUUUUAUAAAAAAAUUAAGUGCUUAGUAUAAAAAAUAUUGUGUUUACAAGCCUAUAAGAGUUAGUAGAUACUAAAACUAUAGAAUAGUGUAUAUUCUGUUUCUUCUGCUUAAAUUUUUUUGUAAUAAGCACUGCAUUGACUUCAUUUUUAAAAUUGUUGCUAGGUAAAACAACAUUUUUUACCUCUCCUAUUACAGUAGACCCCACAUUUCGUUUUCUGAUUGAAAUUAAAGAUAACUGUAAUAUAAGUAUUUAGUCAACGACGCACCAUGUACUAUUAAUUAUUAAUGAACAAUUAUGUAUAUCAAAUGUAGCUAUGUAUAUAGACGGCUAAAUUAUUUUUAAAAUAUCUUUUUAAAAUUUUUUUUUUAGGACUGUUAAAGAAUAAAAAAUAUAAA